AACUCAGUCAGCAUUUGUAGUUAAAGCUAACUAAAUGAAGCGAAUAAGUGAAGUCACUUUCUUUCUUGUGGCACUCGCGUUUGGUGGCGUGCAUGGCGAGUGCGAUAAGUGCAACACUAAUAAUCCUGUAGCUUGUCACAGCGAAACGGUCUAUUCACUCUGCAUUAAUGAUCAACCGACCAUGAAUUUCGUCACAUGCCCCACAGAUUAUAUAUGUACAAGCGAUGUGUAUGUUUGUUAUCCAAGCAAUUCGUCAGUCGCAAGUUGCACUAAUUCAACUAUCGACGAAUCAUCUCAAUGCGGCAUUUGCGCAUCCAGGAACAAUUUGUAUGCGUGCCUUAAUGAAACGACCAUUGCGUUCUGCUUUACCGAUGGUGUGCCACAUUAUGAGUCACUUUCGUAUUGUCCAGCGGGAACUGUCUGCGAUUUGAAUGCGGAAAGUGGAUUUUGUACAGCCGCGACAAAAGCUACGCCAAGUUGCAGACAAAGUCAAUGGACUACCCCGGAACCCACCACUACAACGACUUCUGCAUCUACUAGCGAUACGACUCCUGUAGCCACCACUACAACAACUCCGGUACCUAGUACUACAACAACUCCGAUACCUAGCACUACAACAACUUCUGUAUCCACCACUACAACAACUCCUGUACCUACCACUACAACAACCCCAGUACCCACCAGUACAACGACUGCUGCACCCACCACUACAACAACUUCUGUAUCCACUACUACAACGACCCCUGUACCCACCACUACAACGACUCCAGUAGCCACCACUACAACAACUCCUGUACCUACUACUACAACGACCCCUGCACCUCCACUACCAACAACUACAACAACUCCUGUACCUACCACUACAACAACUCCAGUACCCACCACAACAACGACCACCACUCCAGUAGCCACCACUACAACAACUCCUGUACCCACCACUACAACAACUCCAGUACCCACAACUACAACGACCGCUGCACCCACCACUACAACAACCCCUGCACCCACCACUACAACGACCCCUGCACCUACCACUACAACAACUCCUGUACUACAACGACCCCUGCACCCACCACUACAACACCUACCUACUACAACGACUCCUGCACCCACAACUACAACAACCCCUGCACCUACCACUACAACAACCCCUGCACCUACCACUACAACGACUCCCGCACCUACUACUACAACGACCCCUGCACCCACCACUACAACAACCCCUGCACCUACCACUACAACAACCCUGCACCCCACUACAACAACCCCUGCACCUACCACUACAACGACCCCUGCACCUACCACUACAACGACCCCUGCACCAACUACUACAACGACCGCUGCACCCACCACUACAACAACCCCUGCACCUACCACUACAACAACUACUGUAGCCCACUACCACCACUACAACAACUGCUGUACCUACCACUACAACAACUCCAGUACCCACCACAACAACGACUCCAGUAGCCACCACUACAACAACUCCUGUACCCACCACUACAACAACUCCAGUACCCACCACUACAACGACCGCUGCACCCACCACUACAACAACCCCUGCACCUACCACUACAACAACUCCUGCACCUACCACUACAACGACCCCUGCACCACCACUACAACAACCCCUGCACCCACCACUACAACGACCCCUGCACCCACCACUACAACAACCCCUGCACCCACUACUACAACGACCUCUGCACCCACCACUACAACAACCCCUGCACCUGCCACUACAACGACUCCCGCACCUACUACUACAACGACUCCUGCACCCACCACUACAACAACUACUGUUGCCACCACUACAACAACUCCGGCUACAACCACUGAACACGAUCUUACUCCUGCGGAAAUUUGCGAAAAUUAUGGCGCAUCGGGUACCAUUGCUUACCCUGGUGAUCUUACGUGUAAAAUGUCUAUUCAGUGUAGCGUAACCAAUAAUGUUUGGAGUGCAGUCGUGCAUACAUGUCCUACGAAUCAGUGGUUUGAUCCUACUUUAAAAUUUUGUACCACAACAUAUAGUUGCCCCACUCAGAGUACUUCAACAACGACAACCACUACAACGGCUACUGUAGCCACGACUACAACAACUCCUGUACCCACCACUACAACGACUCUUGCACCUACCACUACAACAACUACUGUACCCACCACUACAACAACUCUGGAACCGACCACGACCACUGAACACGAUCUUACUCCUGCCGAAAUUUGCGAAAAUUACGGCGCAUCGGGUACCAUUGCAUAUCCUGAUGAUCUCACGUGUAAAAUGUCUAUUCAGUGUAGCGUAACCAAUAAUGUUUGGAGUGCAGUCGUGCAUACAUGUCCUACGAAUCAGUGGUUUGAUCCUACUUUAAAAUUUUGUACCACAACAUAUAGUUGUCCCACUCAGACAACUAUGGCAACGACAAUAACAACCACAACACCAGAUCCAACCACAACUACUUCGGCUCCAGCUACUCUGGAGGAAAUAUGCCAAGACCACGGCACGGCAGAUACAAUUGCUGCACCCAAUGAUACGACGUGUACAAAAUACAUCGUCUGUUCGAAGCCUGGGGCUAGUUGGAUUGCUCAGGAGUAUACUUGUAAGGUUGCCUUUGAUCCGACUACAAAAAAAUGUAGCACUACAUAUGUCUGUCCAACGUAGAGGUAUCGGCGCACUUAAGAGCGCCUCUUGCAGAAAUUGAUUCACAUAAUAGAAAUUGUAAAAUAAGUUUUAUGAAAUACUUACUUUCUGUUUCCAACUUUGUAAAUUUCACGACAAGAAUCACAUUCAUUUACAUGAAUAAACGUAAUA